AUGGGAUCUGCCGAUGACCAAAACCUUUCGUCUGCUAUCAUUGAUGGCCAUAAAAAGUAUCCGGACUCGGCGUUCGUCGUUCCAAGCGACCCUCCGCGGGUCAUGCUUCCCAUGAACCUGUACCAAGAAGUCAUCCAAGCGCCAGACUCGGAAAUUUCCUUCAGCGCUGAAAUCUAUGAAAAUUUCCUCGGCCGUUACACCCACGUCGGAGAGAGUCGCAGAGAAGUCAUCGAGGCUGUACGAGUCGACUUGACGAGGAAUAUGUCUGGCGUCCUCCGGCCAAUCCAAGAGGAAGCCAAGUUCGCCAUGAAGCAGCUCUUUGGGGAAUCGGAAGAAUGGAAGACGUUCAACACCUACCACAUGGUCCUCCGCAUGAUUGGGCUCAUGAGUGGUCGAGUGUUUGUUGGCCUACCUUUGAGUCGCAAGGAGGAUUGGAUUCGGGCGUCAGUCACCUUCGCCACGGACGUGGGAAAAUGCCGUAUGGCUGUCCUCCGAUGGAACCCCUGGAUUCGGCCUUUUGUCCUCCCGUUCCUUCCUGAAGUGCGACAAACGCGCCGAGCGCUUCAAAAAGCGAAUGAACAGAUGCGACCUCUGGUGAAAGACAUUCUCCAAAAGGAGAACUUGCCUGAGGAGAAGCCGGCGAAACCAGGCGCUUCUGGGGCCUUUGUAUUGUGGAUGAUGAAGUAUCUAACCCCUUCAGAGAAGACCCCUGAGACAGUGGGGACCAACCAGAUGUUACUGUCAUUUGCUGCCAUCCACACAACAUCUAGCACGACCACGUUGGCUCUUCAUGAUUUGCUCGGCCGCCCCGAGUACGUUGGACCCCUGCGAGAGGAGAUCGAAGAGGUCAUCAAGGAAGAUGGCGUGGAACGGGAUGAAAACGGACAAGUGUUUCUUUCAAAGUCUUCUAUUGGCAAAUUGAAGAAACUUGACAGCUUCAUCAAGGAAAGUCAACGCACAAGUCCGCUGAGCUUUGUCGGCACCUCACGAAGACUUCGCAAAGAUCAGACCUUUUCUAAUGGCAUGAAGUUGCCCGCUGGGACACCAAUUUCCUUCCCGCUAUGGGCCAUGUAUAACUCUACGACGACGAACACUUUCAGCCCAGAUUAUAAUGCUGGAACCGGCAAUGCGCCACCAAACGAAUUCGAUGGUUUCCGUUUCGCUCGUCUCCGAGAUCAGCCAGGUCGUGAAAUGAAGCAUCAAGCUGCGACGACUGGGCCAGAUGCAUUCAACUUCGGUCACGGCCCGCAUGCAUGCCCAGGGCGCUUCUUUGCUGUUCAUGUGAUCAAGUGCAUAUUCAUUGAGCUGCUGAUGAACUAUGAUAUUCAGUUGAAGGGUGCUGAUGGCCUUGACCACGUGGAGAGGCCACCGAAUCAGAUCAAGCAGGUAAUUGUCCAGCCGAAUUUUGCAUCGGAAGUUGAGGUCAGGAAGCGAACAAGUGUUUGA